AUGGCUUUUAACAACACUGUCGGAGAUGAAGUGGCCUUUAACGAACGUAGAGAAUUGAAAGGUGGAUUUGAUAUUACCAAUUUGGUCACUUUUCCAAAUAAGUCCUAUGUCAGAGUCAAGAUCGGGAGUCUGGAUCCUCAGGUACCACCUAGCAAAAGAGUUGUCAUCUCUGAGGACAGAAUUCAGUGGAACAGACACCUCGCGCAGCUGCCUCCUUUAUCUUUGUGUAAUGACCACUGUAGGCCGGGUUACAGCAAGGAAAAAAAGGAAGGGGAGCCAUUCUGCUGCUAUAGUUGUGCUUCGUGUCCAGAAGGGAAAAUUUCAGACAAAGAAGGUAGGAAAUACAUGGAUGAUUGCAAGACUUGCCCUGACGGUCAUUAUCCAAACUUGGGACAAGGUCAAUGCAUUCCAAAGCUUCCAAACUUCCUCUCCUUUGCACAACCUCUGAGCAUUACCUUAGCCUUUUUGGCCCUCUUCUUUUCUCUGAUCGCAGCCCUGGUGCUUGCAGUCUUUGUGAAGUACAAGGACACCCCCAUCGUUAAAGCCAACAACCGGGGCCUCACCUACUGUCUGCUCGUCUCUCUCCUUCUGUGCUUCCUCUGCUCUUUGCUCUUCGUCGGACGACCCAACAAGGUGACCUGCCUCCUCCGACAAACGACUUUUGGCAUCAUCUUCUCAGUGGCUGUUUCUUCAGUCUUGGCAAAAACUGUUACUGUCAUUGUGGCGUUCAUGGCCUCUAAGCCAGGGAACAUUUUUCGAAAGUGGGUGGGGAAACAAUUGGCAUAUUAUAUUGUUAUCUCUUGCUUCUCUGUUCAAGUUUGCCUUUGUGCCGUUUGGCUGGGCAUUUCUCCUCCAUUUCCGGAUACGGACAUGCAUUCCCUCAGCAGAGAAAUUAUACUGCAGUGUAACGAAGGGUCCGUCACCAUGUUUUACUGUGUCUUGAGCUACAUGGGGUUUCUUGCCACCGUCUGCUUCAUUGUGGCUUUCCUGGCCAGAAAGUUGCCCGACACUUUCAACGAAGCCAAAUUCAUCACCUUCAGCAUGUUGGUCUUCUGCAGCGUUUGGGUGUCUUUUGUCCCCACCUACCUGAGCACUCAAGGAAGAGACAUGGUGGCUGUUGAGGUCUUCUCCAUCUUAGCUUCCAGCGCUGGCUUACUAGGCUGCAUCUUUUUGCCCAAAUGCUAUGUCAUCAUCCUGAGGCCUGAGUUGAACAGAAGAGAGCAGCUGAUCAGGAAAAAGCACUAAACCCUUCCGUCAGCUGUCCAGUUGUUCUGCAGCAGUGGCGUAUCUACCUAGGGACAAGGGCGCCACUCUUCUAG